AUGGAGACACUUCUAAAGCAGCGACAGGUGGACAUCCGCAUUACGCAGGCAGCGGUACCUGUCGUUGGCAGGUUUUGCGGUGUGGAAAUUAUGACACUCCUUCUUGGCCAUCUCGGAGGACAUGUGCAACUUACGAAACAGAUUGUUGAUGCUAUCCGUUUGAAUAACGGCGCAAACGAUAUCAUGAUACUGCUUCUCAACCAACCACGGGCGAAUAUCGAGAGUGCAGACGUAACAUCUUUGAUUGCGAAAUAUUUCAACGCCACUGUUGUGGCACUGCUCCUUAGCCGAUACGGAGAGAAUGUGAUGGUUCUGGAAGACAUUGCCAGUGCUGCAGCUGCAAACGCAAAGGCCGGAAGAGGAGUUAUGGAACUACUUCUGGACCAACGAGGAACGCAGGUUCGGAUCAUAGACACAACGUUACAGGCGGCCGCCGCAAACCCGAAGGGACGAGAUAUAAUCGAGCUACUUUUGGAAAAAAGAGGAGCAGAGGUUCGGAUCACAGACACGGCAUUAGAGACAGCCGCCGCAAAUCCGAAUGGACGAGAUAUCAUUGAGCUCCUUUUGGAUAAACGAGGAUCAGAGGUUCGGAUCACGGACACGGCAUUGGAGACAGCCGCCGCAAAUCUGAAUGGACGAGAAAUCAUUGAGCUCCUUUUGGAUAAACGAGGAUCAGAGGUUCGGAUCACAGACACGGCAUUGGAGAAAGCCAUCGCAAACCCAAACGGACGAGAUCUAAUUGAGCUGCUUCUGGAUAAACGAGGAUCAGAGGUCCGGGUUACAGAAUUCACUGUCAAGCUUGCACUCUCUAGAAGACAUGGAUGCCAAGAUAUAAUCGAGCUGCUUCUGGAUAAAGGAGGAUCAGAGGUCCAGGUUACGGAGUCCACUAUCAAGCUCGCACUCUCUAGAAGACAGGGAUGCCAAGAUAUAAUCGAGCUGCUUCUGGACCGGCUGGAGGACCAGUUCCAGAUCACUAAAGAAAUUCUAAAGGCUGCAGCUUCACAUGAAGGGGCCGGUCAUGAGAUAAUGAAGCUACUUUUUGACCGGCGAGGAGAGCAGCUUCAGGUUACUGAAGAAGUCCUGAUAGCUGCAGCUGGAAAUCACGGGUAUGCUCAUGAGAUAAUGAAGCUGAUUUUUGACCGGCGAGGAGAGCAGCUUCAGAUUACUGAAGAAGUGCUGAUAGCUGCAGCUGGAAAUCACGGGUAUGCUCAGGAGAUCAUGAACCUAUUUCUUGAACGGCGAGGAGAGCAGCUUCAGAUAACUGAAGAAGUGCUGAUAGCUGCAGCUAGAAAUCGCGACCAUGGUCAUGAGAUAGUAAAGCUACUCCUUGACCGGCGAGGAGAGCAGUUUCGGAUUACUGAAGAAGUGCUGAUAGCUGCAGCUAGAAAUUGCGAUCGUGGUCAUGAGAUAAUAAAGCUACUUCUUGACCGGCGGGGAGAGCAGCUUCGGCUUACUGAAAAAGUGCUGAUAGCUGCAGCUGGAAAUGAUUAUUUGAUUGCUCGUGGGAUGAUAAGGCUACUUCUUGACCGGCGGGGAGAGCAGCUUCAGAUUACCGACAACGUGGUCAAGGCGAUACUCAUCAAUCAGCACGUCAAUGGGAAAAAGCUCAUAGAAUUACUUCUCGAUCGGCGAAGGGAAGGAUUUCAGGCCACGGAGGAAAUGGUGGAAGUUCUACCUGUUGAAUGGACAGAUAUCAGACGAAGGAUAACAGAACUCCUUGAACACCAAAAGGAAAAGGAAGGCUAG